UUAAUCUCGGCGAUGGAGUCGUAAUUGAGGUGGUGACAGCAGCAUGGAACACGGUGCAGGAUCAUUGGAAGAACCAUGCGUGCUUCUGAAACAUUCUGGAAGCUGCAGUGCCAGUAGUGUUCCACGAGAAAUUCAGGAGGAGUCCAGAUCUACCUUCUACAAUACUGGAGACAUUUAACAAGGAAAGCUAACAUCAUGGAGAAUGCCUGAUUUACUCAGAGAGAAGACGAGACAUCUGUGCGCUCCAGUGGAUUCAAGUAUAAUAUGAGUCGCUCCUUCGUGGAUAUGGCCGCCAGCACCCAGUGGUCACCAGUAGGAUUCCAUGGGGCCAGAAUUCUGAAGCGGCACUGAUGCCAUCUUGACGAAAAGCUAUCGUCAUGGAGAAUGCCUGAUUUGCUCGGGGAGAAGAGGAGGCAUCUGUGCUCUCCAUUGGAUUCAAAUAUAAUAUGAGUCGCUCCUGCAUGGAUAUGGCCACCAGCACCCAGUGGUCACCAGUAGGAUUCCAUGGGGCAAGAAUCACUGAAGCGGCCCUGAUGCCAUCUCUACGGUCUGCCCAGAACAUUCCAUUCUACUCGCUCUACAACCAAGCGUUGGACUACACCGAGCUCGCGUGCGACUCCAGCCUGCUCUACAAGCUGCUCAAGUUCUUUGAGUCGGACUUUGAGCGCAAGUUGAAGAUGCACAAGCGGCGCGUCAACGCGCUGCAGGGAGUGCUCGGCGAGCUCAACCCGCGCCACUACCUGCUCGUCUGCCGGCAGCUGACGUACGAAAUCGCCGAGGCGUAUGGCGAGACGCUCGACAUCAAGAUGGCGAUCGUCAAGGAGCAGCAGACGACGCCGUCGCCACACGCCAUCAGUAAGAUCAACCUGCUCUGCGCCGAGUGCAUUCACAAUUUUGAGUUGUUCCUCGACUCGUUAAGACGGCGAACUGCGAGAUGCUGGAACAGUUUGACAACGAUAAUAUUCGUCCGGUGCUGA